ACACAUCUCCAAUUUUUUCUCGCGGCAGUCGGCAUUUGCCCAUUUUAUUGAUUAUUACAUUUGUGUGGCUUUAAAUUUGAUUUAAUUGCAUAACAAUUCAACUAUUUUAAUACAAUCUUGCAGUAAAAUAACUUUUAAGGAGACGGAGACAUGAACAUGGACGCGAAUGCUGUCGAAAAUCGUGAAAAGGAACGUGACCGCCGAGGACGUGGUGCACGCGGUUCACGUUUCUCUGAUGCCGACGGUAACAAUGGCAACGCCGCUGGGGGUGGAGGAGGAGGCGGCGGCUCAAAUAUCGCACGCGACAGAAGCCGUGAAAGACGCAAUUGCCGCGUUUAUAUAUCGAACAUUCCCUACGAUUACCGCUGGCAAGACCUGAAAGAUCUGUUUCGUCGCAUUGUUGGCUCCAUUGAGUAUGUCCAACUGUUUCAUGACGAGAGCGGCAAGGCACGUGGCUGCGGCAUUGUCGAGUUCAAAGAUCCAGAGAACGUGCAAAAGGCAAUGGAGAAAAUGAACCGCUAUGAAUUGAAUGGACGUGAGCUGGUUGUCAAGGAAGACCAUGGCGAGCAGCGUGAUCAAUACGGGCGGAUUGUACGCGAUGGUGCUGGCGGCGGAGGCGGUGGUGUUGGCGGCGGUGGAAAUGGUGGCGGUCGCGACCAUAUGGACGAUCGAGAUCGAGGCUUUUCGCGACGUGACGAUGACAGAAUAUCUGGGCGUAAUAAUUUUAACAUGAUGUCGAAUGAUUUUAAUUCGUCGAAUUACAAUUUGUAUGGGCUUUCUGCUUCGUUUUUGGAGAGUCUUGGCAUAAGUGGACCUUUGCAUAAUAAGGUUUUUGUUGCUAAUCUGGACUAUAAGGUGGACAGUAAGAAGCUUAAGCAAGUCUUUAAGCUUGCCGGCAAGGUGCAAAGCGUGGAUCUAUCCUUGGAUAAGGAGGGUCACAGUCGUGGCUUUGCUGUAGUCGAAUAUGAUCAUCCAGUGGAGGCCGUACAGGCAAUUUCUAUGUUGGAUCGCCAGAUGCUCUAUGAUCGUCGUAUGACAGUUCGUUUGGAUCGUAUACCCGACAAGGGUGAGGGUCUUAAGCUACCGGAAGGAUUGGGUGGUGUUGGCAUUGGCCUAGGCCCCAACGGUGAGCCUCUAAAGGAUGUCGCUCACAAUCUGCCUAAUGGUGGUAAUCAGAACGCUUCCCAACUGCUCGGCAAUGUGCAGAGCGCUCAGCAGCUAUCCGCAGUGGCUGGCGGUCAGGUUGUCGGCGGCGGCAACUCCAAUGCAAGCAAUCUGCUGGGAAGCCUCAGUGGCGUCAUGUUUGGCAAUAAUGCUGCUGUGCAGCCCUCUCCAGUGGCGCCGGUGCAAAAGCCCAGCAUGGGCAACAAUCCUGGAGGCGGCGGUGGCGGCAUCAAUCUAAAUAACUUAAAUCCCAGCAAUUUGGCUGCUGUGGUUGGCAAUUUGGGCAACCUAGGCGCCGCUCUGUCCAAUCCGCUGCUCACCUCAUCACUGAACACCCUCGGUCUUAAUCUGGGCAAUGCGGGCGGCAACGAUGACGGACUAGUUUCUGCCAGCAAUGUUGGUCUGUCCAAUAACUACAGCAGCGGCGGCGGCGGCUAUGGGGGUGCUGGAAACAACUACAACAGUGGCGGUGGUACGACCGGCAGCGGCGGUGGUGGCGUCUCCGGUGGCAAUGUUGGCUACAACUCAUACAACAGCAGCGCUGGCGGCGUCUCAAAUGCCGGCAAUAAUCAGCUGGACGGCAAUGACUAUGGCAAUUCUGGCAGUCAGUUGGACAUUUAUGGCGGCGGUGGUGGAAACGUUGGCGGUGGCGGUGGCAAUGUUGGCGUUGGUGUCGGCGCUGGUAAUGCCGGCGGCGGUGGUGCACGCAAAUCUGAUACUAUUAUCAUCAAGAAUGUGCCACUCAGCUGCACAUGGCAGACACUUCGCGAUAAAUUCCGUGACGUCGGUGAUGUCAAAUUUGCCGAAAUACGCGGCAACGAUGUGGGUGUGGUGCGUUUCUUUAAGGAGCGUGAUGCGGAGCUAGCCAUAGCUCUCAUGGAUGGCUCGCGUCUGGAUGGUCGUACCAUCAAAGUAACUUACUUUUAAGUCUUAUCCCUUAGAUUUUUAAUCGCAAAGGCCGUAUGUCCACGCAAUGAACCGUUGGAACUUCUAGACACGAUCAACGGCUUACCUUAACCCACAGCAGGCAGCAGAGCAGCGGCUAGGCUGUCCGAACCAUUUUAGUUUAUAGUAACCCACAAACAAAUAAUUGUUUAAUUUUUAUACAUACGUUUACAUUACUAAUAACAAAAAGUAUCAUAAAAUAAUUGACUUUCCAAAAUACAGAAGACGCAAUUCAUGUAAGUUAUAAGUGAUUGAAGCCAAU